GUUGAGCAGUGUUGAGCUACGGGGGAGUGAGUUUUGAGCAGUGUUGAGUUACAGGGGAGUGAGUGUUGAGCAGUGUUGCGUUACAGGGGGGUGAGUGUUGAGCAAUGUUGAGCUAUAGGGGGUGAGUGUUGAGCAGUGUUGAGCUAUAGAGGGGUUGGGUGUUGAGCAGUGUUGAGCAGUGCUGAGCUAUAGGUGGCUGAAUGUUGAGCAGUGUUGAGCUAUAGGGUGGUGAGUGUUUAGAAGUGUUGAGCUACAGGGAGUGGGUGGGAAGGGGAAGGCUGGAGGUGUUGCCACUAACAAGCCUCCCUCAGCUGGGUGGGUGUUCAUUUCAAUCUGCAGUCAGAUGUCCUUAAAUUUGACCCUCUGGUACAAGGUCACUUGCCAGGGUGGGGAGGGAGAGAUUUUUUCCUUGUCUUUCCUCCUUCUCUUUUUUAUACUUCCUUCUUGGGCAAAAGGCUGGCGUAAUAGAAAACAGACACGAGUCAGAAUGUGAGGCAUUCACAGGAGAAAAAGUUCAGUUCCGUCCUCACUGUGUGGAUAAGUCAGGAGAGGAUAAACAGAAAAGGCUAAGUAGUCUAAUUAUACAGUGUUUGUUGUUUUUACUAUGUGGGGGAGAUUAUGUUGUUGUUAGCUAGUGUGUCACAGCGUCAGAUCAGGAUGGACCCUCCAUGCCAUCGGCACGGACUUGGCACAGGAUGGCUGUGAAAAUGUGGACAAAGUUAUGUCUGAACAGAGCGUGCAGUCCAACUUCUUCUCCAGAUUCUAGUUGAAAAGCCUCUAUGACCACCAUGAGCUGGAGCUUUCUCACGCGUCUUCUGGAAGAGAUCCACAACCAUUCCACCUUUGUAGGGAAAGUGUGGCUCACGGUGCUCAUCAUAUUCCGCAUUGUGCUGACCGCCGUGGGGGGCGAGUCCAUCUACUCUGACGAGCAGACCAAGUUCACCUGUAACACCAAGCAGCCCGGUUGUGACAACGUGUGCUACGAUGCCUUUGCCCCACUCUCACAUGUCCGCUUCUGGGUUUUCCAGAUCAUCAUGAUCUCCACCCCCUCAGUAAUGUACCUGGGCUACGCCAUCCACAAAAUAGCCCGCACCUCCGAGUUGGAGCGCCGGAAGUUCCACCGCCGGAAGAAGCUCAUUCAUGCUCAAAGGUGGACGGAUAGCCACCCGCUUGAGGAGGUGCGGGAGGAGGAUGAGGACAACGAUGCAGAGCCUAUGAUCUACCAGGAGGAGGUGGUGGAAGCCCAAGAAGUCAAGCCUGAGCCGGCCAAGCCGCAGAAACAUGAUGGCCGCCGGCGGAUCAUGCAAGAGGGCCUGAUGAGAAUCUAUGUCCUUCAGCUACUGUCCCGGGCCGUGUUUGAGAUCGGCUUCCUGGCGGGCCAGUAUCUUCUCUACGGCUUCCGUGUUAAUUCAUCAUAUGUGUGCAAUAAGUUGCCCUGUCCCCACAAUGUAGACUGCUUUAUAUCUCGGCCGACGGAGAAGACCAUCUUCCUGCUCAUCAUGUAUGUCGUCAGCUGCCUCUGCCUGCUCCUCAACGUGUGUGAGAUGUUCCACUUGAGCAUUGGAACAUUCCGAGACACUCUCCGCAAGAGGAGGAAUCAGGAGGGUCGACGGCCCUCGUACAGCUACCCGUACUCCCAUAACAUCCCCGCCUCUCCCCCCGGGUACAACAUGGUCAUGAAGUCAGACAGGCCCAACCGGAUUAUCCCCAACAGUCUAAUUAUGCACCAUGAGCAGAACAUGGCCAACGAUGUCCAGGAACAUAACCAAGAGUGCACCAGUCCAGAUGACAACAUCCCCUCGGACCUAGCCAGCCUGCACCGCCACCUACGGGUGGCCCAGGAGCAGCUCGAAAUGGCCUUCCAGACCUACAACACCAACAAGAACCAGCCCACCUCGAGGACAAGUAGUCCUGGAAGCACCUUGGCAGAGCAAAUCAGGGUCAACACAACCCAGGAGAAACAAGGAGCCAGGCCGAAAUCAGCCACUACAGAGAAAGCUGGGACCGUUGUAAAAAAUGGAAAGAGUUCUGUAUGGAUUUAGGAAUUAUUAACUUCACGUGGUACAGUAAUCUUAGUGAAAAGUAAUUUUCAAUCUCCAGGUCCAUAUACUGUGGAUAAUGGAAGAUGUGAAAUGAGACAAGAUAGGCAAAAAAGGAAAAACAAACAUGAAGAUAUCACUAAAUACAGUAGUAGUGUAUCCUAUUAUUAGGGUGUCUGUUUGUGCUUUAAAUAACAUAGCUUGAACAUAGUUAAUAUAUGCAUAUGUUGCUUAUUCAAACUUUUCUUAUUUUAGCUACUUACGAAUAUAGGGAGAUAUAAAAUGAACCAUGAUGGCAAUACAUUUAGAAUUAUUUUUACUGGGAUUAUUAAUUUAACCUUGCUUUUGAACUGGAUUAAUUUGACAGAAUACAGUGAAUUUGUCUUUAAAACUAUAACAAUAUGCAAGUGUGUCUUUUUUCAAUUGUGGUCUAGUUAAAAGCAAUACCGUGGUAAGCACAUUUUAAUGGCACUACGAUUGAAUCCUGAUGAUGUUUAAGAAAAGGACGGUGAACCAAAUGUGAAAAGUAAUCUAGAAAUUCCUAACUGUUCAGAUUUGCACUUGGAACCUUUUAACUAAUUUAGAGUUGUAUUAAGACAUUUAGAAAAAUAUGCAUUAAUAAUUUAUUUCAGGAAGAAAUGCUGGAUAUGUAUGGGUUAUGUUGAAAUAUAAGAUGUGAAAUCUUAUAGGACAUAUGGUGUUUCAUCAGCAGAGGUUUGAGCAACACUGUUCUCCAUAGAGUAAGAUUUUAUUUCACUCUAGUUUUCAAAGCGUUGUUGUUGUAAGAUUACAUUUUUAUUUAGCAUUCUGCAGUGACAGAAAAAGGUAAGUAGGUUGUUGUUUUGAACAUUUAAACGACCAAUUUUUGAUCAUUUCUGCUGUUUUUGUGGGGCAGAUAAUGAAUGAAUUGACUUUGCUACAUUUUAACACAUCGUACAUAUACAGUACAAUGCACAUUAGUAGAAGAUGUACACUGAGUGAACAAGACAUAAGGACACUUGCCUAAUAUUGAGUUGCACCCAUUUGCUAAAUGACUAAAAUGUAUAAAUGUAAAUGUGUCGAAAGUGUUUCACAGGGAUGCUGGCCCAUGUUGACCCCUAUGCUUCCCACAGUCAUGUCAAGUUGGUCUUUGGGUGGUGGACCAUUCUUUAUACACACAGGAAACUGUUGAGCAUGAAAAAUCCAGCAGCAUUGCAGUUCUUGCCACAAACCGAUGCGCCUGGCCCCUACUACAGCACCCCAUUCGAAGGCACUUAAAUCUUUUGUCUGAGACACAUACACAAUAAUGUCGCAAUUGUCUCAAGACUUAAAAAUCCUUCUCCUCCCCUUCAUCUACAGUGGCUUGCGAAAGUAUUCACCCCAUGGCAUUUUCCUAUUUUGUUGCCUUACAAUCUGGAAUGAAAAUUGAUUUUAUGGGGGUUUAUAUCAUUUGAUUUACACAACAGGCCUACCACUUUGAAGAUGCAAAAUAUGUUUUAUUGUGAAACAAACAAGAAAUAAGACAA